AUUACGAUCAAUCGAUAUCAGCCGUCCCACGGCGGCUCCGCUGUCCGGCUUCUGGCCAGUGGGAAUUUGUAUGCGCUGGAGCGGAGCGGGCCGAGUGCGGCGGUGUGUGUGCGUGUGUGUGCGCGGUGCCGGCGGCGCCCCUACCUGUGGUGAUACGGGCGCUGCGGACGGGGCGGGGAGGCCGGCGGGCCACGGGCGACCGAUCCCCCGCACACGGAGAGCGGGUGCAUUGUCUGGAUCGCGGCCACGGCGCCGGUGGCGUCUCGGUGACCGGCCGGGUCACGCCAGCUGGCCACUGUCGCCCGCCAGCCCGGCCAUUGGCGAUGAGCUCCAACGCUGCCGCCUCCAGCGAUUGAGAGCGGGUGGUGCCUGUGAUGGCCAGCGGCGGUCCCGGGCCGCCGCUGGGAGAGCGGCUCGGACCGCGCUCCUGCUCCGGAGAGCGGCUCGGACCGCGGUCUUGUUCCGGGGACCGGCUCGCGCCGCGGUCCUGCUCCGGAGACCGGGACCGGGACCGAGACCGGGACCGAGACCGAGAUCGGGAGCGGGCCGGCCCCCGGUCCGCCCCGGCCCCCGGUCGGCCCCUCACCCUGGAGCGCGAGGUGGGCGUAUGGGACACGGUGCUCCUCGAACCGCUCACCGAACAGGCCUUCAUCGCCAACCUGCACCAGCGCUACAAACACGACCAGAUCUAUACCUACAUAAGUCAAGUGUUGGUGUCUGUGAACCCGUACAAAAAGCUGCCGCUCUACUCCAGUGACGUAAUACGAGCGUAUCGCUCGUGUUCCCGCUUCGAGCUGCCGCCGCACGUGUACGCCGUGGCCGAGGAGGCGUACCGGGCCGUGCGGGAGCACAACUCGGACCAGUGUGUUGUCAUAUCGGGCGAGAGCGGCGCCGGCAAGACAGAGGCCUCCAAGCUCAUCAUGCAGUACGUGGCGGCCGUCUCCGGACGAGCCAAGGAGGUGAACGCCAUCAAGGGCCAGCUGCUGCAGUCCAAUCCUGUGCUGGAAGCGUUUGGGAACGCCAAGACUCAUCGCAAUGACAACUCAUCUCGUUUUGGCAAAUACAUGGAUCUGGAGUUCGACUUCAAGGGAGAUCCGAUCGGUGGCCUUAUCACAAACUAUCUCCUGGAGAAGAGUCGAGUGACGGCGCAGCAGCCGUGCGAGCGCAACUUCCACAUAUUCUAUCAACUGCUCACCGGGGCCGACAUUCAGCUGCUCAAAUCGCUCAAAUUGCAACGGAAUGUGGAAAACUACGAUAUUUUGAAACAGGGAAGACCACUUCAGUAUGAAACCCUGGACGACAAACGGGACUUCCAGGUCACAAGAAGGGCGAUGGAUAUCCUGGGGCUCACGCCUGACGAGCAGCAGGCCAUUCUGAGGGUGAUCGCGUCCGUGCUAAAGCUCGGCAACGUGACCUUCUCGCCCGUGAACAACAUUGACGGCUCCGAGGGCUGCGUGGUGGACAAUGAGUACGAGGUGCUGGGCACCAGCGACCUGCUGCUGGUUAGCUUUGAGACGCUGCGCAGCGCGCUGACCCGGCGGCUGGUGACGGCUCUGGCUUCCGACUGCGGCUCGAGCGUGGCCUGCUCGCCCGUCACCCUGCCCUCCAGCGCGGCCAUCUACACAGAUCUGCAGGACGCCUGUGAGCUGCUGCACACGGACACCGCCUCGCUGCAGGCCUCUCUGACGUCACACACGCUGGACGGCCGGCUGGACGCCGUCACCGUGGAGCUGAGCGCCGCAGAGGCCUGCUCCGCCAGAGACGUGCUCGCGCGGGCCCUCUACUCGCGGCUCUUUGCCUGGAUAGUGAUGCGGAUCAACGAAACUAUCAAGCCAAAGAAGCACGCCAAGCGGAAAGUGCUGGGUGUUCUGGACAUCUAUGGGUUCGAGGUGUUCGAGCGAAACGGGUUCGAGCAGUUCUGCAUCAAUUUCUGCAACGAGAAGCUGCAGCAGAUCUUCAUCCAGCUGGUGCUGCGCGAGGAGCAGGAGGAGUACGUGCGCGAGGGCAUCGAGUGGACGCCCGUCGAUUACUUCAACAACGCCGUUAUCUGUGAUCUUAUCGAAAAGACCAAUCAGGGUAUAUUAUCAAUGUUAGACGACGAGUGCCUGAAGCCCGGUCACGGCUCUGACGAGGGCUUUCUGUCCCGGUUGAACGCCGCCUGCUCCAACCAUCCUCACUUCUCGGUGAUCAGCGACAACAGCUCGCCGGCACACUGCUUCCGGUUAAAACACUAUGCCGGAGACGUGACCUACGAUGUGACCGACUUUGUGAAGAAGAACGUGGACGCCCUGAGUAGGGACCUCAGCUUGGUGAUGUACCGCUGUGACCUGCCGCUGAUGAAGGCUCUCUUUCCAGAGGGCAAUCCGAAGCGCGUCACGCUCCGCCGGGGCACCUCCGCCAGCGCCCAGUUCAAGAUCUCGCUCGGAGCCCUGAUGAAGAGCCUGGCGGCCAAGCAGGCCCACUACGUGCGCUGUGUCAAACCCAACGACACCAAGGUGGCCAAUGAGUUCGACUCUGAGCUGGUGCGACAUCAGGUCCGCUAUCUCAACCUGCUGGAGACGGCUCGCGUCAAGCGGGUAGGGUUCGCGUUUCGCCAGUCGUACGAGUCGUUUCUGGCUCGCUACAAGAUGCUCUCGCUGCACACGUGGCCGUCGUGGUGCGGUCUGGCCGCCGAGGGCGUCACCUAUCUGCUGCGCGACCUGCCCAUCUCCAUGGCCGAGUACGCCUUCGGGCGGACCAAGCUGUUCAUCCGGAGUCCGGAGACGGUGUAUGAGCUGGAGGAGUACCGCCGGGAUCGGCUGGAAGAGCUGGCCACCCUCAUUCAGAAGACGUGGCGCGGCUGGCGGCAACACCGACUCUUCGAGGCCAUGCGCAAGUCGCAGAUCAUCAUCGCGUCCAACUGGAGAACGUGGAAGGCCAAGGAGGAGCUGCGUGCCAUGAAGCAGCGCCGUCGCACGGAGUGGGCCGCCCGGCUGGUGCAGCGCGCCUACCGCGGCUGGAAGCGGCGCCGGUUCCUGCUCCGGCUGGCGCACCACCUGCCCUCCGAGAGCCCACUGUGCCGGGAGUGGCCGCGGGCACCACCGCCCUGUCAGCACGCCAGCGCGCUACUCUACAAACUCUACCACAAGUGGCGGUGUCACAAGUACCGGAUGCGCUUCGAUCAGACGUCGAGGAACCGGAUGAGGGAAAAGGUCACAUCUAGCAUCAUUUUCAAGGGACGGAAGGCGUCCUACCCAAAAAGCCUGAACAAACACUUCCGGGGCGACUAUGUGAAGCUGAGGAAAAACAUGUUCUGGAAGAAGUAUGUGAACCUCAACUGGGAUGACAGACACGUUGUGUUCGCUGCUGUGGUGAACAAGGUUAACCGCAGCAACGGUCAGUUCGUGCCCGUGCUGUUCGUGCUGAGCACCAGCUCAAUGCUGAUCCUGGAUCAGCGCACCAUGCAGAUCAAGUACCGCAUUCCGGCGCCGGAGAUCUACCGGAUCUCGCUGAGUCCUUUCCUGGACGACAUCGCUGUCUUCCACGUGCGAGCGCAUUCGCCGACACGCGAAACCACUGUCGAGGAGCCCAACCUUCCGGGCUGUCUGAUGGGAGGCGGCGACAGCGGUAGCAAGCACCGCAAGGGCGACCUCGUCUUCCAAACCGGCCACGUGAUCGAAAUCGUCACCAAACUAUUUCUGGUGAUCCAGAAUGCCACGGGGAAGCCGCCGGACAUCAACAUCGACACAGAGUUCGAGGCGAACUUUGGCCAGAGCGAUGUGGUGUUCUCGUUCAAGGCAUCUGGCCACCCUGACAUGCCUCCCGGUCAGAUCCGCAUCAUUCGGAGGGCCAACAAGAUGGAAGUGAUCUUAUGAGGACACGCCUCAGAACGAUAGUGUUUCUUGUUGAGGGUUUGGUGCCUGUUGACGACUGGACCGACCCGGGUCGCUCCCGUUGCAGCCCCAUCUUCAUGGCAUCGUUUGCGGCUGGCCAGGUCAUUGAACUGCCGUCGUGGGACGUGGCCGCCCUGACUCCGCCUCGGGCAGUCACGUGACCGCUCGUAAGGCCCCGGCUGUCCACGCCGCUGUGAGUGCAGCGGCGGUCAGAUACGGCGACUCAGUGUUCAAACGGAGCCCAGCGCGGUGCGGGCGUGGCUUGAUGGCUGGCACCGAGCAGAGAGGCUAUAAAGUAUAAAUCGGGCUGCAGAUGAGCCGGCAGACAGGGUCACCCACCAUCAGCCGCCGAACAGGCUGGCUGUAAAUUUCGCGCCUGUUCCGUGCGAACGGGCCGUUUCGAGCCUCCGUCAGCCAGCUGCGGUCAGAGGCGAGACCAGUCGUUUGUUGGAGCCGGUCUAGUGAAGACCUACAUACAUUUACGAGCGUGCGAUGUCUGUGUGAGGGGUGCGGGCUGCCACGGCGGCCCGGCGUGUUGUGGUGCGGUAAGGAGCUGCUGGGCGGCCGGGGCACUCAUCCAUUUUGUAUCAUUGUGCUGGCACCAGACGCCGUGAAGACAGGAAGUGAAAGGAACGUGGUGCGUUGGGUGUUGAAAUCAGUUUCGAGGCAUAUGGUGCAUUUUGUUUUUGCCGGGGCAAUAUCUACCCUACGUUGUUUCUGAUUGUCGACCCCAGGUGUGGUUAUUUCUUGGUUCACGUACUGGAUUCACUAGACAGAGCUGGACAAGUGCUCUGGCAAGCACAUCUUAUAUUUUCAACUUUUUUGCAACACGAUAUCAGCGCGACAAGAAAAACCGUACAAACAAAUUCUGAAACUAAAUUCACAUUUUGUUGCUAUACAAUAGCAAUACCUGCUGAGGAAAACGUUGUCUUAUGCAGUAGUACUUGAACAAAAAGUGUCGUGACCCAUGAACUAAUUCUGAUGCUUAAAUAUUUGAGACGAGCGUUUCACUGCCUCUUUCAAAUUACGUACAAGCGCUCAUUUCAGAAAAUCAGACCAUUGACACCGUAAUCGGUGGGCUAUCUGUCCUGAAAAAUAAGCUAGUUUUAACAUUUAGAUCGUUAAAUAAACUAUGCUUCUUAUUGCCUAUUCACUAAGCCUUGUUUGGAAUUAGCGAUAUUGCGAAUUUUACAAAAGGUGUAACGUCCAAUUUGUGAAUCUGAAUAGAAUUAGCGCAAAAAAUGCUAUUGGGACUUCUUUCCAAGAAAUUCGCGCUUCUCCUUAACAUCUGUCAAUAUUUUUCGUUAUUUGUUAGUUACAGCUUAGAGGUGACUAUGCAAAUUGUUUUUCGUGGUAACACGCGUAACUUGGAUAGCAGCUAAUUUUGUUGGUGCUGAAAUCAAAGUUUUCACAGUUUUGUCAUUGACGCGUACCUAUUUGUUCUAAGUGACCGUCCUCCGACCCUUGAUCCCCGUCUCCUUUCCCUUACCCGGAAGUCCAUUGAUUGAUGUGUGAGACAGUAUUGAGCGGCACUUUAUUUCGGGGCUCUGUCUAGACUGUCCAUUUGUCGAUACGGACAGGACAUUUGUUGUUGGGUCUUCCCAGGCAGCUGGCUGCGGCCCCGGACGGCUGUUUGGCUUCCGUCAGCGUCCGGGCUCCUUUGUCACAGAGAACGGGUGUCUUCCAACACCAUGUCUUUGAUUUGUGUUGUAUGCUGCCCCCUUGUUUGUUUUUCAGAUGGGUUUUAGCGCUAGUGUUCUUGCAUCUGUACAUAGCUCACUGCUCCAGUGUUCUUCCACGGUGUGCAAGUAACAUUGUACCAAAUCCUUGGAGACCAAGCGCCGGUGCAGCUCGCCCCUGACACGGCCGGCCCGGUGAGAUUGAACCAUGUCCUUUCGGAGCGCUGGCCGACGGCGGCCAGCACGCUCCCGUCUUUUUUAGUCUCUCCCCGUCUGUGUUACCGAUCCAGGCGACUGCGUUGUGUACAAUGUACACCUGUUUCCGGCCGGGUGCCGGGCGCCGGUACCCCGGCGGGCGAGUGCAAUCAGUGCAGGUACCCGGGAGGCGGCCGCUGCCGGCCGACCGACCCCGGCGCGCCGGCGACGUCACAUUUGUACUGCCCUCACACGGGCACGGGGCGAUACGGCAUUGGCUUGUUAUUCAAUCGUGUGUCCAUGCAAUAAUACACAGACGACUGUG